GGUGGGGCCAUCCCUACAAACACGCGCACACACUCCUUACUCAGACCUGGUCACACGCGUUUCCCUGGCACUUAAUAGGGGAAGCAGCGUGGGGGGUGCGCGGGGGCUGGGUCUGCGCCCGCUUCACCACAGGCUCCGCUGCCCAUCUUUGGGAGGUCGCGGGCCCUACUAUCUCAACUCACGCCUCAGGAGCCCCCUGUCCUACGCGCUCACGGGCUCCGACGCGCGCUCGCGCACACCUCGGACAUUCCCAUAGUGCCUCACGUGACACACGGCCCUGAACGUGCCCACCCUUCACACACGCUCACGCACGCGUGCACACACGCGCACAUACAAACACGGCCACUUCCCAACUCCAUCCCGACUCCCACCCGCAGCCCCGCGAAGGCACUCAUUGACUGUGACACACCUACACUCAUUCACAGACACACACAUACACACACACACACCCACAUAUGCCAACCACAGACAUUCAUAAACAGGGCCAGAAGUACACAGGCACCCCCUUGCCUAGCCUACUCUUUUGGGAGCCCUGAGUCAUUCCAGUCCCCUCCCCGGGCUGCCCAAUUUCCCUGUGGGGAGCCCACAGGGCCAUCUAGGGAAUUCUUUGUUGGCCCUUUUCACCUGGGCCCUAGUCCUCUCUCAGAGCGCCCCCUUCUCCUCUGUGUAUCCUCUGACACUCAGGGAGAACUUCCUGUGGGUCCCAGGUCAGGGGUGAGGAAGGCCUGGAGGGUUGCCACAGCCUGGGUGUGAGUGGGGGAGGCAUUUCCUGUUCCUGAACUCUGGGAUCCUGCAGGAGGAAGCUAGGAAGUUGGGCGGGGGCCCAGCAGAGGACAUGCUGACAGUGGUGGGGCUGACCCUCCCAGAAGCACUGCGCCUUCCUUAGGGAAGAGCCAGGGGUGCCAGAAGCCUGGGAUGAGGAGCUUGGCAGAGAGGUGGCCCAGUGGGGGCCGAAGCCCAGGCCCUUACCAUGGAGUCCAUGUUUGAGGAUGACAUCAGCAUCCUGACCCAGGAGGCCUUGGGGCCCAGUGAGGUGUGGCUGGAUGCCCCUGGAGACCCCUCACUUGGGGGAGACAUGUGCUCUGCCUCCCACUUUGCCCUCAUCACGGCCUAUGGAGACAUAAAGGAGCGGCUAGGGGGCCUGGAGAGGGAGAAUGCCACCCUCCGCCGCCGCCUCAAAGUCUAUGAGAUCAAGUACCCGCUGAUCAAUGACUUUGGAGAAGAGCACAGCUUCUCUCUGUAUGAAAUCAAGGAUGGCUCCCUGUUGGAGGUGGAGAAGGUCAGCCUGCAGCAACGGCUCAACCAGUUCCAGCAUGAGUUACAGAAGAAUAAGGAGCAGGAAGAACAGCUCGGGGAGAUGAUCCAGGCUUAUGAGAAACUCUGUGUGGAAAAGAGCGACCUGGAGACAGAGCUGGGGGAGAUGCGGGCCCUGGUGGAGACGCACCUGCGGCAGAUCUGUGGUUUGGAGCAGCAGCUGCGGCAGCAACAGGGCCUCCGGGAUGCAGCCUUCUCCAGCCUGAGCCCCCCGCCUGCCCCUGCCCCGCCCUGCACUGAUCUGGACCUGCACUACUUGGCUCUGAGAGGGGGAUCUAGCUUGAGUCACGGCUGGCCAGGCCCCACGCCGAGUGUGAGUGAGCUGGAGCGGAGGCGCCUGGAAGAGGCUCUGGAGGCUGCCCAGGGAGAGGCGCGGGGGGCUCAGCUUCGGGAGGAGCAGCUCCAGGCUGAGUGUGAGCGGCUACAGGAGGAGCUUAAGCAGCUGCAGGAGACCCGGGCCCAGGAUCUGGCCUCCAACCAGUCGGAGCGGGACAUGGCGUGGGUGAAAAGAGUUGGAGAUGAUCAAGUGAAUUUGGCGCUGGCUUACACCGAGCUGACAGAGGAGCUGGGCCGGCUCAGGGAGCUGAGUUCUCUGCAGGGGAGGAUCUUGAGGACUCUGUUGCAGGAGCAGGCCCGGAGUGGUGGCCAGAGGCACUCACCGCUGUCGCAGCGCCACUCCCCGGCCCCCCAGUGCCCCUCACCAUCCCCGCCCACCCGAGCGGCGCCCCCUUGCCCCCCUUGCCACGCCGAGCUCUACGGUCCCGGCAGGCCGCUCAGCCCGCGGCGCGCCUUCGAGGGCAUCCGCUUGCGCUUCGAGAAGCAGCCCUCGGAAGAAGAGGAGUGGGCCGUGCCCCCAAGCCCGCCCAGCCCCGAGGCAGGCACCAUCCGCUGCGCCUCGUUCUGUGCCGGCUUCCCCAUCCCGGAGUCCCCCGCGGCUACAGCCUAUGCCCAUGCCGAGCACGCGCAGUCCUGGCCCUCCAUCAACCUGCUGAUGGAGACAGUGGGCUCUGACAUUCGCAGCUGCCCCCUCUGCCAGCUGGGUUUCCCUGUCGGGUACCCGGAUGAUGCCCUCAUCAAACACAUUGACUCCCACCUGGAGAACAGCAAGAUCUAGGGUGCCUCCCCCACCCAAUGGCUGUUUCUCUGCCCUCUCCUAUCACCCCCAAACACUCACUUUGAAUGCUGCAUGAAUCUCGUGGGGGGCCGCUGCCCUCUGCGACCCCCAGAUACCUCCACUAGCUACCGAGUCAACAUGUGUGCCAUCUUCCCUGGUCCAGGCACCACUCAGCCCUGGCUCUUCCCAGGAGGUCAGUCGAGGCUCUCCCCAACUCCCUCACUUCCGCUGGGAGGUGGGGAUCUGGGCUGGGACAGGGAGGAACGUACUCCACCCAGCCUCUCCCUCUGCUUUUCUGUUCUCAAACAGGGUUGGAUCCAAGAAGAUGUCUAGUGCUUGGGCCUGGGGGCGGGGGGAAGGUAUCAGAGAACUCCAAGAGCUCCCCCAGCCCCCUUCCCAGAUAUCCAUCUUUCUCAGGCUGUGCUCUGCCCAGGGAACACCUCCUUUUGGGGUCUCAGAGCCUGCCCUGAACACUGAUGCCAGUUCUUCCAUCCUGUGGCCAGCUCAGGGCUCAUGGCAUAGG